AUGAAGAUCGAGGAGAAGAAGAUUACACUUUUGGAUGGUGUAGCAGCGACGCUGAACGCCGUCGCGUUUACUCUGGCAGAUGUUGGAGAUGUAUUCCUGUGUCCUACUCCAGUUUACCCUAGGACAAGAAAUGACAUGUUGGACAUUGGCGGAGUAGACUUAUUUGAGGUUCCUAUUUUUGAUGAAGAGUCACUUGAGGAUCCUUGUGAAAUGCGCAUUGAUUUGUUGGAAUCAUAUUUCCAAAGAGCAAAACAAGAAGGUUUUAAAGUCCGUGGGGUUAUCCUUACCAACCCCAAUAACCCUACUGGCAAAGUGUACUCACCACACGAACUUACACAGUUGAUGGAAUUUUGCAAGCGGAAGAAUCUCCACGUCAUAUUUAAUGAGAUAUAUGCUUUAUCAACACAAGGACAAGGAUGUUUUACAAGUGUUCUCUCUAUGAACAUCCCUGAUCUAGAUAAAACCCAUUUUAUAUGGGGCUUCAGUAAGGAUUUUGGUCUCUCUGGAUUCCGAUGUGGUGUGGUAUAUUCCCAUGAUGAGAGUGUCGUUUCUCACCUGCAAAAGAUUGCGAUGUUCUCUGCUAUACCAGCACCUACACAAAUGCUUAUCAAUGGAAUUCUCUCUGAUACAGAUUGGAUGAAAGAUACGUAUUUCCCUACUUAUUAUGCCAGAGCAAAGGAGACACAUCGAUUGGUGAAAGACGUUUUGGAUGAAUUCAAUAUUCCAACAGCGUACAGCGGUCAAAAUGUUAUUUUCUUUUGGAUGAAUUUGUCAAAGUUUUUGGAAGAGAAAACUACACAGGAGGAGAGGAAGCUGUUCAACAAGUUUAUGGAAGCAGGUCUCUACAUUUGUCCCGGCACAGAAAUGCUCUGUCAUGUUCCAGGAUGGUUUCGACUGGUUUAUACAUUGCCGAAACAGGAAGUUCAAGAGGGACUUCGUCGUUUCCGUGCAGUGUUAAAAGACAUACAACAGAGACAACUGCAAUGA